AUGUUAUCGAUUUUGAUGAACUUUUUGGGUGCUUGUCUGUGGCCGUCCUCAUCGGACACUUCCGCUGAUUCCAAAGGCAAGCAAGAAGGCCUUCUCUGGUACAAAGACUCUGCUCAACACCUCCUUGGUGAAUUCUCCAUGGCCGUUGUACAGGCCAACAAUCUCCUCGAGGAUCAGAGCCAAGUCGAGUCUGGUCCUUUGACCACCCUUCACUCUGGUGGCCCUUAUGGCACUUUUGUUGGUAUCUACGACGGCCAUGGCGGCCCUGAGACCUCCCGUUUCGUUAACGAUCAUCUCUUUCACCAUCUCAAGAGAUUCGCAGCGGAGCAGGAUUCCAUGUCAGUGGAGGUCAUAAGAAAGGCAUACGAGGCGACCGAAGAAGGGUUUCUUGGGGUCGUGGCUAAGCAGUGGGCCGUGAAGCCGCAUAUAGCAGCGGUUGGCUCAUGCUGCCUUGUGGGUGUGGUGUGCGACGGGAGGCUCUACGUGGCUAACGUUGGGGAUUCCCGGGCGGUUCUGGGAAAAGUUAUGAAGGCCACCGGUGAGGUUAUUGCGCUUCAGCUCUCUGCAGAACAUAAUGUGAGCAUAGAGUCUGUUAGGCAGGAAAUGCACUCCUUGCACCCUGAUGACUCCCAUAUCGUUGUCCUAAAGCACAAUGUGUGGCGUGUUAAGGGCCUUAUUCAGAUAUCAAGAUCCAUAGGAGACGUGUACCUUAAGAAAGCAGAAUUCAACAAGGAACCUUUGUACACAAAGUACCGACUGCGAGAGCCAAUGAAAAGACCAAUAUUGAGUGGAGAACCGUCGAUAACGGUGCAUGAUCUCCAACCAGACGAUCAGUUUCUGAUAUUUGCAUCAGACGGACUAUGGGAGCAGCUGAGCAACCAAGAGGCUGUUGAAAUCGUUGAGAACCACCCGAGAAAUGGGAUAGCAAGGAGACUGGUGAAGGCGGCGCUGCAGGAGGCAGCAAAGAAAAGAGAAAUGAGAUACUCUGAUCUCAACAAGAUUGAGAGAGGUGUGAGAAGGCAUUUCCACGACGACAUCACCGUGGUCGUCCUCUUCCUGGACACCAAUCUGGUCAGCAGAGCCUCCUCUUCUCUCAAAACCCCUUCUGUUUCUAUCCGUGGUGGUGGCAUCACUUUACCCAAGAAACUCUAA